UUCGAAAAAGAGAGAGAGAGAGAGAGAGAAAUUUGGCUCCCAUUAGGCUUAAGAACGCUGUUCCGUUCAAUUUCUCCAUUUUGAGAGCACGUUUGGGUUUUCAGUUAUUAGUUUUUUUUAAAAGAAAUGAAUCACAAUAAAUUUGUUAAAGUCCCACCCCUGAUAUGUGCCGUACAGUAACGUAUACAGACUGUAGCUCCAGGACUUGAUCCGUCUAGGAAUGUCUCUAAAAGGCCACUUCAAACCUCAAACCUCAUCAGAGGUAAAAUAGUAUCCUCUGCAAAAGGGCCUCUCGGGACCAAACUUACAGAGCACAUCAUCGCCUACUACUCGUUUGCCGCUCGGCUGCUCCCCUCGUCCGCGGUUCCAGGAUGAAUGACAUUCAGGAGGCCACCUCCCCCGCCACCAGCCUCGGCGGUCCGGCCACCUGCGUCUCCAAAGUCGAGCUGCGGGUCUCUUGUAAAGCGCUGCUGGACCGAGACACUCUCAAUAAGUCGGACCCCUGUGUGAUCCUCAUGGUGCAGACCAAUGGACAGUGGACAGAGUUGGACAGGACCGAAGUGAUCAAGAGCAACUUGCACCCCGUCUUCGCCAAGGUUUUCUCGCUGGAUUACUACUUCGAAGAGGUCCAGAAGCUGCGAUUCGAAGUGUACGACAUCCACGGCGCUCACAGCAUCGGGACGCGUGACGACGACUUCUUGGGCGGGGUGGAGUGCACGCUCGGUCAGAUUGUGGCCCAAAAGAAGAUGGUGAAGCCUCUCCUACUCAAGUAUGGGAAAUACGCCGGGAAAUCCACCAUCACGGUACAUGCGGAGGAAAUUUCCGGUAACAACGGCUACGUGGAGCUAUCCUUCUGCGCCAAGAAACUCGACGAUAAGGACCUUUUCAGCAAGUCCGACCCCUUUUUGGAAAUCUAUCGUAUCAACGACGACGGAACGGAGCAGCUCGUACACAGAACCGAGGUCAUAAAGAACAACCUCAAUCCUGUUUGGGAGCCUUUCAAAGUGUCUCUUAUAUCUCUCUGCAGCUGUGAUGAGGAGAGGAAGCUUAAGUGCCUAGUGUGGGAUUACGACUCCAGGGGGAAGCAUGACUUCAUUGGAGAGUUCUACGCUACUUUCAGAGAAAUGCAGAAAAUCUCCAGUGGAAAUAAGGUGACCUGGGAUUGUGUGAAUCCCAAGUACAAACAGAAGAAAAGGAACUAUAAAAACUCAGGUGUCGUCAUCCUAAAUGAUGUCAAGCUCCACAGAGUUUACUCCUUCUUGGAUUACAUCAUGGGAGGAUGCCAGAUUCACUUUACGGUCGCCAUCGACUUCACGGCCUCCAACGGGGAUCCCAGGAACAGCUGCUCUUUGCACUACAUCAACCCCUACCAGCCCAACGAGUACCUGAAGGCUCUCAUAGCGGUGGGCGAGAUCUGCCAGGACUACGACAGUGACAAAAGAUUUUCAGCCUUGGGGUUUGGUGCCAGAAUCCCUCCAAAUUAUGAGGUAUCUCAUGACUUUGCGAUCAAUUUCAACCCAGAAGAUGAUGAAUGCGAAGAGAUCCAAGGAGUGGUUGAGGCGUACCAGAACUGCCUCCCUAAAAUCCAGCUGUACGGCCCCACCAAUGUUUCUCCCAUCAUUAACAGGAUAGCCAAGCUGUCGGCCGGCGACGGCAACAUUAAAGACGCCUCUCGAUACCACAUCCUGCUCAUCCUCACCGACGGCGUGGUGACAGAUAUGGCGGACACGCGCGAAGCCAUCGUGCGGGCCUCCUACCAGCCGCUCUCCAUCAUAAUUGUCGGCGUGGGCAAUGCAGACUUCACAGACAUGCAGAUUUUAGACGGCGAUGACGGCGUCCUGCGCUCGCCGAAGGGCGAGCCGGUCCUCAGGGACAUCGUGCAAUUCGUGCCCUUCCGGGAUUUCAAGACGGCUUCACCGGCGGCCUUGGCCAAGUGCGUCCUGGCAGAGGUGCCCAAGCAGGUCGUGGAGUACUACAGCCAUAAGGCCAUCCCGCCCAUGUGUCCGGCGAGGGACUUGCCCACGCCCAUCCUCACCCCGGUCGCCACCAGCCCCACAGAGUAACCCUCCCUUCCCCGGAACAAACCGAACUGCGAAAACGGCGCCUGUCCCUCAAACUGAGACGGGGGGAGGGGAGGAUCCGCCUCCUGGGCUGAGAUGAAAUGAGAAAAGAAAAAAAAUCCUCAACAUCUUGUUAGUCAUUUAUUCCACUCCUACAGUAGAUUUUUUUUCCAGACCGCGAGUUACGUUUUUCCGCUCGGUGCGGAUUCGACACGUCACCCACCCCCCCGGCUUUGCAACGGAACCAUCCGGGCUGAAUCGGCAUCUAAAUGAAGGAUUAGAUUUCUUUGCCUUGGCUUUGUGCAUGCCGGCCAAUCUGUCGUCCAUUAAUCGCAGACGGAGGGCUGCUGUAAUACAGCUUCUUGGUUUUUGUCUCAUUCCUGCCAGCGUCAUCGCGGAACGAUCAAUUGCAAAGAGUACCACGAGCAAUCAAGCUAUCGUACAUUCAUCAGAAAGAAAGUUCUCAUCACAUGUACUGGAGUGUGUUUAGCUUUAUUUGUUGAGUACGACAAAUUUCCACUCCUUCACAAAGGUCAUGCAUACCAGGUCCAGAAAUUGACAUUUGGUGGAUAACUAAACUCUUGAUAUUUCUGCGUGGAUUAUUAAUCAUCGAACAAGGCAAGGUCCUGUUUGUCUCCCGGGAGAAUAUGCUGAAUAUGUAACAAAAUAAGAAAUAUGGUAGCUACAGUGAAGAAAACAAGUAUUUGAACACCCUGCUAUAUCGCAAGUUAUCCCACUUGGAAAUCUUGGAAGGGGUCUGAAAUUUUCAUCGCAGGUGCAUGUCCACUGUGAGAGAGAUAAUGUAAAGUGAAAAUUCCAGAAAUCACACUGUAUGAUUUUUUUUUUUUUUUAACAAUUUGUGUGAUACAGCUGCAAAUAAGUAUCUGAACACCUGAGAAAACCAAUGUUAUUUGGUAAAGUAGCCUUUGUUUGCAAUUACAGAGUUCAAACGUUUCUUGUAGUUGUUCACCAGGUGUGCACACACAGCAGGAGGGACUUUGGCCCACUCCUCCACACAGAUGUUCUCUAGAUCAGACAGAUUUUCUAUUGGGUUUAGGCCACGCCAGAACCUUGAUAUACUUCUUACCGAGCCAGUCCUUGGUUUUCCUGGCUGCGUGCUUGGGGUCAUUGUCCUGUUGAACGACCCGGCCACGACCCAUCUUCAAUGCUCUGACCGAGUGAAAGAGGUUGUUCCCCAAAAUCUCGCAAGACAUGGCCGCGGUCAUCCUCUCCUUAAUACAGUGCAGUCAUCUUGUCCCGUGUGCAGAAAAACACCCCCAAAGCAUGAUGCUACCACCUCCAUGCUUCAGAGUAGGGAUGGUGUUCUUGUGAUGGAAAUCAUCAUUUAAACACGAUUAGUGGAAGUGUUACCAAAAAGUUCCAUUUUGGUCUCAUAUGACCACAAAACUUUCUCCCAGAACUCCUCUGUAUCAUCCAAAUGGUCAUUGGCAAACUUAAGACGGGCCUUGACAUGCGCUGGUUUAAGCUGGGGAACCUUCCAUGCCAUGCAUGAUUUCAAACCAUGACGUCUUCGUGUAUUACCAACAGUCACCUUGGAAACGGUGGUCCCAGCUCUUUCCAUGUCAUUGACCAAGUGUUGUCGUGUAGUCCUGGGCUGAUUCCUCAGCUUUCUAAGGAUCAUUAAGACCCCACGAGGUGAUAUCUUGACCCUCAUGUUUAGCUUUUUCCAUUUUCUGACGAUUGCUCCAACAGUGGACCUUUUUUCACCAAGCUUCUUGGGAAUUUCUCCGUAGCCCUUUCCAGCUGUGUGGAGUUGUACAAUUUUGUCCAUGAUUUCUAAGUAGGAGAACUUGGAAUAGAGCAAGGUGGUCAAAUACUUAUUUUCCCAACUGUAUUUAAGUCACGAUAAAUGAUUUCCCUCAAACUGAUCAAUGUCUCGCAAAGAUGAAGAAAUACAACAGCAACACAAAAACAAAUUGAUUAACUAAUUAAUUCAUUAUGAGGUAUAUCCAGAAGAACAACACCAGUCAUGACCUUUUGUGGUCAUCAAUAUUAAUGAUCGACUUCCCUGUUCAUGAGCCCAUCAACCACCACGAACAAUAUCAGCAUAAUCACAGAUUUGUCACAUGUCACGAUUCUCUUCAUCUGCCCGUGAAACUGCCCUCUUGGCCUGUUGACAUAAAGACGUGACAUAUACCAGCUUUUGUGACGUUGUGGCUGAAAUAUUAUCAGUAUUGUUUACACGCUUUCAUCCUGUACGGUAAGAGAUCUCUUUAUGCACUUUUGUCAUUUCACUCAUCAGAUUUCUUGAAAGCACAAAACUGAAAUUUGAAUAUAUCAUAUUUGGUAGUCUGUAUAUAAGAAGGGCAUAUGUGUGUUACAGUGGAUAUAAAAAGUCUACGCCACCCUGUUGAAAUGAAUAAUUUCAAAACCUUUUCCCACCAUGAAUGUGACCUAUAACCCAUCCAUCCAUCCAUCCAUCCAUUUUCUUUGCCGCGUAUCCUCACAAGAGUCGCGGGGAGUGCUGGAGCCUAUCUCAGCUGUCAACGGGCAGGAGGCGGGGCACACCCUGAACUGGUUGCCCGCCGCUCGCAGGGCACGUUGUGACAAAACAAUCGCACUCACAAUCACACCUAGGGGCAAUUUAGAGUGUCCAAUUAACGUUGCAUGUUUUUGGGAUGUGGGAGGAAACUGGAGUACCCGGAGAAAACACACGCGGGCACGGGGAAAACAUGCAAACUCCACACAGGUGGGGCCGGGAUGACCUAUGACCUGUACAACAUUUUUUUUCCCCUAUUGUCUUUGCCAGAGUGGAAGUAAAAAUAAACAACUGCAAUAAUGUGAUUGCAGAAGUGAGCACAAUUUCUCACAACUGGGAUGUGACUUUGUUCAGAAUUCACAAAUCUUAUUCAAACUCAUGUUAAACUGGAAUCAGCACACAACUGCCAAGAUUUAAAGUGGCUGUUAUUUAUUGAAUAUUUUUCGGCUGGUCUCGUAAGCUUUCUUUUUUUUUUUUCUUUUCUGUCAGGAGACUUUUUGUGAGACGUUUUGUGCUGACACUGACUCAAAUUUUAACAUUAGUUUAAAUGCAAUUGGUUAAUUCUUCACACAGCCACAUCUCAGUUAUAAGACUUGUUGAACAACAUGAUCUCAGUUGUUUAUUUUCAUAUAUCCUCUCUCGAAAAGAUAAAUUGAGUUGUGCAGGUUCCAGAAUGCCUUAAUGCGCUAAGAGGAAUAAUUUAUCUUGCUCUCAUUUUCUUUUCAGGCAUUUGAACGGGGGUGUGUUGACUUGUCAAAUCCACUGUAUAUGGGUCAUGUUCUUUGAUUAUCAUAUUAAAUAUCAUGUAGUGAUAGCGCAGGCCACCAAGCGGGGUGCUACACUGCUCGGCAGGAUAGCGAACCUGUUCGAUAUCUGGGAUUGAACCGUAAACUCUGAUUUACAAAAUGACAUGUAUACCUCCUCAACCGUGGCUUGGAAAAAAAGUCAAUCACAAGAAAAAAAAAAAAUCAAUUUCCCAAAAGGUUCAUCAUGGGUUUCAAAUGUUUUGUCCGAUGUGAAAUGAACUUAUUGAAAAUCCCCAGUGUGCAUUACAGUUUUAAAUCUAAUCUCCUUGAUAUCAGCUAACAUUGUUUCCAGUACACAUUUUUCCCCCAAAAGGAUUUUGUAAUAUUUAAAAAAAAAAAUGAUUACUGGAAUUAAUGGAAACCUGACACAAUAUUUGUUGUAUGGUUGGCUUAACCCAUGACACACAAAACCCUUUUCUUUUUGCUCCCAUUUUUCAUCAGCUGAACUUCGAGAUCGAAGACUUUUUACUUUUUCUACUGUACAUACACAAAAAAAAAACUACUUCACUCAAAUAUUCAUAAAUCUGCUCGGUACUGAUAAAUACCACUCCUACUUUGUCGAGAUAAUCCAUCAGUUCAUAUCGAGAUGCCGAUUAGACAACAUGAAUAUUGGACUUGAAGACACGGCCUGUUUUUUUUUGUGCUAAUUUUGCCCAUUCCUGAUCAAGAAUCUCAAAUGCCAGACAAUAUUUUAUGAGCGUAUCCUUUAAGAGUACCAUUGGGGCAUGGUGGACUACUGGUUAGCACCUCUGCCUCACAGUUCUGAAGAGCCGGGUUUCCUCCCACAUCCCAGAAACAUGUUUGAAGACUCUAAAAUUGCCCGUAGGUGUGACAUUAAAUGUAAAUGGGUGUUUGUCGCUAUGUGCCCGGCGAUUGGCUGGCAACCAGUUCAGGGGCGUAACCUGCCUCUGGCGGGGAGUCGGCUGGGAUGGGCUCCAGUAUAUCGGCCAACAUCAUGAGGAUAAGCGGAGUGAAAAAUGUAUGGAUGCAUUAUCCUUGGGAGUUUGUUUGUCCCAAUUUUAGGGUCUGAAACAGAUCGGUUCAAUAUUUCUGAGGCAAAAUCUUCCUGUAGGCAGCACGGUGGAUCAGAUGGGAAGCGUUGGCCUCACAGUUCUCGGGUCCCGGGUUCAAUCCCGGCUCCGCCUGUGUGGAGUUUGCAUGUUCUCCCCCGUGCCUGCGUGGCUUUUCUCCGGGCACUGCGGUUUCCUCCGACAACCUUAAAACAUGCAACAAUAAUUGGACACUCUAAAUUGCCCCUAGGUGUGAUUGUGAGUGUGACUUGUCUGUCUCCAUGUGCCCUGCGAUUGGCUGGCGACCACUUCAGGGUGUACCCCGCCUCCUGCCCGUUGACAGCUGGGAUCAGCUCACUCCCCGCGACCCUUGUGAGGAUAAGCGGCUAAGAUAAUGGAUGGAAUCUUCAUGUAUGUUGGGAAUGCCGACGUUUCCCUGGGUCGUAACGCCGUGAAUUGUGACGUGAGGUGGAGUCUUAGAUCAUACAUGAUUCUUUUUGUUUUUUAAUCAACAACAACAUUUUAAACAUUGGCACGAAUCCAAAAGUCUUUGGUUAUGUGGGACCGUGUAAGAGUUCAAAAUCUCAGAAUCUUUGUGUGCGGUGUUCUGUUUUUACUUUAGAGCAGAACUUCACACACAAUAAGCCAAAAGCUGUCAAAUACCAGAUUUUUUUUUCAUUAUUAAGUAUCAUUUAAAAAAAAAAAAAAAAAAUUAAAGAUUGGGAAAUCCCCAUGUGUGUGCCAGGCAUCAGGCCGCCCACAAUAAAAGGCCACUCUAAAAUGUGCAGUUUUACAAAUAUGUUACGUUUACGUUUUUGUUCAGCGCAUUUUUUUUGCUUAAAUAGUGCAUGUUUGCUCAAAAAAGUCAACUUGAAAACAACACUCUCACUGUGUUUACAUCUCCUCCUCUCACACAUGCACACACCUCGGAGGCACAAAUAUUACAGCGACUUUGGUUUGUCCUCUGGAGCUCGACCCGGCUCUCCCUUGAUGCACUCGAUCGACUGUUGCGCACACGAUCACGCAGUGUUAUCGGACCGCUUUAAAGAAGCCAACCUGUCACAUUGGAGCACGCGGGAAAACUAUUGAUCCAGUGGGCCUCGAUAUGGACCUAUACAAAUAAAUCAUCCGAAAGCAAGCAUAGCAACAAUAAAAACUGCUUCACGCGAUUGCCGUGCAGUAGUGCGGGAAGGGAUGGGGGGUGGGGGGGAAUAAAGGGACAAUGAAAAACAACACCCCUGGAGUAAACCGCAAUCACAAUUCACGGAACGCGCUCGUCUUGACUUAUCUCCGCGCGUCAGCACAAUGCUGCCCUUGUGUAAAAAAAAAAAAAAAAAAAAGUUUCAUUCUGUGCUUUACAAUUUCCACGAGCGAGCGUCACCUCCCAAUGUUAAUCAGAGAGUUGAAGAAUAUUGUAAAAAAAAAAAAAAAAAUACAUUUUAUCGCAGUUACCAGCUUGCUGCUCGUUCGUAAACGUCUUGUGUCGAGUCACUGGUGAAAGAUUGUAAAGGCGAACAAAUGUUCAACGGUUGUUUUUGGGUAAAUCAGUGGAAACACAAUGGGAGGCUCGGAGAUGUAUCAUUGUCCAUAGGUGUGAGUGUCAAUUGUUUGUCUGACUGUGCCCUGAAGUUGGCUGGCAGGCAGUGUUGUACAAAAGAAGAAGGAAAACAGGCGUAAUGUCAUUUGAAUUAGUGUCACAGUGAAGAAAAUAAGUAUUUGAACACCCCGUUCUCCCACUUAGAAAUCCUGGAAGCGUCUGAAAUUUUUAUCAUAGGUGCAUGUCCACUGUGAGAGAGAUGAUGUAAAAAGAAAAAUGUAUGAUUUUUUUAACGAUUUAUUUGUGUGAUACAGCUGCAUAUGAGUAUUUGAACACCUGAAAAAAACAAUGUUAAUAUUUGGUACAGUAGCCUUUGUUUGCAAUUACAGAGGUCAAACAUUUCCUGUAGUUGUUCACCAGGUUUGCACACACUGCAGGAGGGAUUUUUGCCCACUCCUCCGCACAGAUCUUCUCUCGAUCAGACAGGUUUCCGGGCUGUCGAAGAGAAACACGGAGUUUCAGCUCCCUCGAAAGAUUUUCUAUUGGGUUAAGGCCACGCCAGAACCUUGAUAAACUUCUUACGGAGCCAGUCCUUGGUUUUCCUGGCUGGCCGCAGUCAUCUUCUCCCUAACACAGUGCAUUUGUCCUGUCCCAUGUGCAAAAAAACACCCCCAAAGCAUGAUGCUACCACCCCAGUGCUUCACAGUAGGGAUGGUGUUCUUGGGAUGGAACUCAUCAUUCGUCUUCCUCCAAACGUGGUUAGUGGAAUUAUGACCAAAAAGUUCCAUUUUGGUCUAAUCUGACCACAAAACCUUCUCCCACGACUCCUCUGUAUCAUCCAAAUGGUCAUUUGCAAACUUAAGACGGGCCUUGACAUGUGCUGGUUUAAGCGGGGGAACCUUCCGUGCCAUGCAUGAUUUCAAACCAUGACGUCUUAGUGCAUUACCGACAAUCACCUUGGAAACUGUGGUCCCAGCUCUUUUCAGGUCAUUGACCAAGUCUUGUGGUGUAAUCCUGGACUGAGUCCUCACCUUUAUAAGUAUCAUUGAGACCCCAUGAGGUGAUAUCUUGCUUGGGGCUCCACUCCCAUUGAGAUUGACCAUCAUGUUUAGCUUCUUCCAUUUUCUAAUGAUUGCUCCGACGGUGGACCUUUUUUUUCCCCACCAAGCUGCUUGGCAAUUUCUCCGUGGCCCUUUUCGAGCCGUGUGGAGUUGUACAAUUUUGUCUGUGGUGUUUUUGGACAGCUCUUUGGUUUUGGCCGUUACAAGUUUGAGUCUUACUGAUUGUAUGGGGUGGACAGGUGUCUUUAUGCAGCUAACGAAGUCACAUAGGUGCAACUGAUUCAGGUUCAUACAUGGAGUGGAGAUGGACUUCAAGGCGGACUAACAGGUCUUUGAGGGUCAGAAUUCUAGCCGAUAGACAGGUGUUUGAAUACUUAUUUGCAGCUGUAUCACACUAAUAAAUCAUUAGAAAAUCAUACAUUGUAAUUUCUGGAUUUUUCUUUUUAGAUACUCUCUCUCACAGUGCACAUGCACCAACAAUGACAAUUUCAGACCCCUCCAUGAUGUCUAAGUGGGAGAACUUGCAAUAUCGCAACGUAUUCAUAUACUUAUUUUCUUCACUGUAAGUCACGGCUGAUUGCAGACUGGAUGAGCGAGUUUGUGGCGGGGCCAGCGCGACCCGCUAAAGUCGCACCGAGUUUGUGGCAGCGAUGCAGCAAGCUGAAUUGUAAUACAUGUACAUUGAGGGCAUACACCCUCAAUGUAGUUGAAUUCCAAAUGACCACAGAAUCGCUUGACUUUACGGGUUCUACUGUAACGACACUGAUUAAAAUCCUCUUUCUCCGUUUAUAGCCAGUUCUUUCGCGUUGUUGUUUUGAAUACACGUUUGUCGGUCCAAACAUCACCAAGGGCUGAAACCGGUGAGCAUUUUAUGAAUUACGAGCUAUAUUAGAUGUUGUAAAUGUGUUUCACGAAGCUUUACUGCCGCAGCGCAACGGCCCUUCAUUUUGCUUUCUGGAUGAGCAGUCGCCUCAAAGAUUAGAAUAUUAAAUUGAGUUUCAGUGAGUUCUCUGCAAUUUAAAAUCCAUCCCGAGUAUGGAGAGUCGUGUAACUUCUUACCACGGUGGUUCAAAACGGUGCUGGGGGGACACGGCGGAGGCAAUAAAAGCAGAAAGUGGAUUAAAAGAAGCUGCAUGGAUUCCACUGAGCUGCUUAGUUGCGCUUAUCUAACCUUGCGCACGAGUCCGAGCAAAUGAGCGAGUUGGAACAUUUCGAGGAUGCGGACUUUGCAUCUGCUACUGUCCAGAGCAAGGUUCGUAGUUCAUAACGCCGAUAUGCAACAUUCCACAUGGUUAAGAAACAAUCCAGGCCUCAUGAGUAAAUAUUUUUUUUUUUUAAAUAAGAAAGGAAAUAAAGGGACUUUGUGCAUGCUUCCACUUGAUUGUGAACCUGUGCUGUUGUCGUUUCUUUUGACUUGAUGUGUGUGUGUGAUUUGCAAGCCUGCAUUUGGACAAAUGAUGUCCGUUGUAGUCGACGCUCUUUGUCUUGCAGUUCUGUAAAUAAACCUGAGUAUGAAAAAAGCAAAGUCUCAUCAUUCAGACAGAUCUGUACCUAAGUACGAACGCAUACGCAUUGUGUAUACCGUGAAGAAAAGUAUUUGAACCCCCUGGUAUAUUGCAAGUUCUCCCACUUAGAAAUCGUGGAGGGGUCGGAAAUGUUCACUAU